UUCUGUAGUAAGACAUUUGUGAAUAAUUCAAAGUUUUAGUUCAUUGAGUUACAUUUUUUAAAACUAUUACCAUAAAUUAACAAUGUCCGGAUUUACUGACGCAAAAGAUAGUGAUGAUGAAUUUCAUGACGCACUCGCUGAGGUGCCUAGUGUUAAAGAAGCUAAUAUAUGCUCAGAAAUCGUUGCAAAUGGAAAUAGCAAUUCGUCACACCUCAAAACUAAUGAAGAAAUCAUUGAAGAAAUAACACGCCAGCAGGAGGAUCUCAAACUUCCUGAUGAUGAUGAGGAAGAUGAUGAUGGAGAAAAUAAAUCAAAAAAAAUUGAUACUGACUUGGUAUCAAAAAUGUUUUGCGAUGAUAUUGAUAUUGAAGAGYUGCAAAAUCGAGAAAAGACCAUGAGCUCUGAAGAACUGCAGCAAAACAAAGAAGAAUCAGAUCGAAUGAAAUUAGAAGCAAACGAGCUGUUCAAGACUGGUGAGGCACUAAAAGCAGUUGAAAUAUACACAAAUGCYCUGCAGAUUUGUCCCACAACCUAUACCAAAGAGCGUGCCAUAUUGUAUGGCAACCGAGCUGCCGCAAAAAUUAAUUURGACUCGAAAAAAUCAGCUUUAGACGACUGCACAAAAGCUAUUGAGUUAUGGCCGGAUUAUGUUCGCGCACUUAUGAGGCGUGCAAAGUUGUGUGAAAACGAAGAUCGCUUGGAAGACGCAUUGGCGGAUUAUAAACGUGUAUGUGAGUUAGAACCAAGUCAAAGAGAAGCGCGGGAAGCUGUCUCACGAUUACCGGAACAAAUUAAUGAACGCAAUGAGCGUUUAAAAACCGAAAUGCUCUCCAAACUAAAAGAUCUUGGUAAUAUGUUCCUUAAACCAUUCGGUUUAUCUACGGAGAAUUUCCAGAUGCAACAAGAUCCCAACACAGGCUCUUAUUCCGUGAAUUUUCAACAAAACCCCAGAUAGUUCAUGUUUAUGCUAACGGUGUACAAGCUUCAAUUAUAUUUAAAAUAUAUAUAUUUUGCCGUGAAUAUAAGAAUAUUAUUGUUUAAAUUAAACGUAAAUAAAUUGUAAUUAAAAUUUUA